CUCUCUCUCUCUCUCUGUGCGUACAGGUAAGCCGGGAAGCAUUUCCUGUGAGUUAGACUACCUGAGUGAAUCAACCUCAAACUUAUCAGUGUUUGGUUAUGUAUGUGAAGUUUAACUGCGGAUGUGUGGGGUAGAGACAUAGAAACGGUCAUAGAGCAAACACUCAGAGGAGCGGGACACACCUACCCACGCUUGUUCAGAGAGUAAGUUAGAAAAAAAUGAGUACCGGGACUUCGUUGCACAGUUCACCGAAGCAGUCACGGAAAAGUAAGAAGAAACAGCUGCUGAAACAGGAGACUCAAAGAUGGAUACCUGUGCAGACCUGCAGCCAUCCAGUUACAAGCCAGUCAAAGACGGUGUGGAAAGUUCAACUACCUUCAGCUUCUUCCGGUCAUGAAUAUUCCACCAUCGGCACACACAGAUUUGCCAACAAGGUGGAGGAAACUGUGCAGAAUCACAUGGCUUACUCCAUCCAGGAGGAGGGUGGAGAUGCCAACUGGCAACUGGUAGCAGAAGAAGGUGCGAUGAAGGUAUACAGGAGGGAAGUGGAGGAGAACGGCAUCGUCCUGGAUCCCCUCAAAGCGACACAUGCUGUGAAGGGGGUAACUGGACAUGAGGUCUGCCACUACUUCUGGGACACUGCAGUCCGAUUGGACUGGGAGACCACGGUUGAAAAUUUCCACGUUGUGGAAAAGCUCUCUGAUAAUGCUGUCAUUGUCUACCAGACGCACAAGACAGUGUGGCCUGUCGCUCAGAGAGAUGUGCUCUUUCUGUCAGUCAUCAAGACGAUUCCACCGAGAAAUGAAAACGAACCCGACACAUGGAUCGUCUGCAACAUCUCUGUGGAGCAUGAUGAUGUACCUCUAACAAACCGGUGUGUUCGUGCCAAACUUAAUGUUGCAAUGAUCUGCCAAACGCUGGUGAGUCCACCAGAGGGCGACAAAGAGAUCAGCAGAGACAACAUCUUGUGUAGGGUCAGCUAUGUUGCCAAUGUGAACCCGGGAGGCUGGUUUCCAGCAUCAAUCCUCAGACCUGUGGCCAAGAGAGAGUAUCCCAAAUUCCUCAAACGCUUCAGCUCCUACGUCCAGGAGAAAACCGCCGGGAAGCCCAUCCUUUUCUGAAUUCAACGAAGUAACCAGGACCCCAAGCACAACUUGACUGGCAGCUACAUCUUGUAUACUAAUUAUAAUUAAUUAUAUUUGUAUAUUUUUGUUUUAUUGGGUUAAUUUAAUUACCAUGCAUACCAUCUUUGACCUUUUAAGUUUAACUAAGUUCAUGAUUAUUUUUUUUAUUUUUUUUGAAAUUGGAUUGAUUUUAUUGAAGUGAACGAGGUAAGAUCUACAGAAUCUGUAAUUACUCAGAUGCCCCUCGAGCUUUAAAACAAAAGUAGUUGUUUAUGAUCUUUGCUAGAUCAUAUUGGUCAUGGGUGCUUUUGUAUGUAAGCACAAGAGUUUCCUGAGGUGAUUUUUUUUAUUUUGGUAAAUUAUUUCGUGCAUUUCUAUUGAUUAUACAUUUCUUGAUUAGUUGCUCUGAUCAGUAGUAUUACAGCUGCUUUUUCUCCUUUUUUUGCUACUGCUAAACUUCACUAAAAGUCAAUCAAACAAACAAAAAAACCAAAACAGAUAUUUACAGCAAAAGCACCGAUGAGGUGUGAACACUUUCACUUCUUCUGUCCUUCUCGUGAUGACUCUUUGCAGUUUGACGGCCUAAAGCUUUGAAAUCUUUAAUAUUGUUAUAAAGUAGCUUUCAGAGAGCACAGUGGACACGGUGUACUGUACAGAGAAAACUGUAGAUUUCAAAUAAAUUAUCACUUGUGACUCUUAAACACUUGAAUUUAAUGACAGAAACAGUCAGAAGAAAUAUAGCUUGGGCGAUGAGGAGCAUUUAACUUAAUUUUUUACUAUAUUUAAUGCCGUUGGAAUUUGGGAGUUUUCAUUCGGUAAAUCUGCAUGAAUGGAAAAGAGCUUUGAGGUUAGGAAAGAUCUGGAUAAUUGUGUUGGUGAUAAUUAUAAGAGCUACAUUACUGUGCAAUAGCCUUGAGCCAUGCCUCAUGUAUGCAUUUAAAUAGUCAGAUCCAGCUGAUCCAGAGUAACUUGUCAUACCUCAGCCUUUUCUCCCAGUUUCCCUUCCUUAAGAAUGGUUGCUCGACAGCCAGCCUUUCACUGAUGAGCCAUCAGUGAACAGUAGACUGAUCAACAAAGGGACCGGGUGCAUCUCUCAGGUCGUGUGUCAGGUCUUUGCUAGAUUUGUUCCCCUACUUCUUAGGGAUGUAGGAGCUUUCUGACUUUCAGAUAAUCAACAUCUUCUGGAGUUUUUUUUUUUUUUAGGCCUGUGACUUGUUUUACUUUCCACUUGUCCAGUUUUCUGUUGUGUGUAGACGCAACGCUGAUUUAUCCCUCGAGUUUGGUGCCUUUUUCAUAUGAUAGUGUUAAAAGGCUUAAAAUAAACAUACCUCUGAAAAUGGUCAGGUACAAGGAAUGGAAUGAAAAUGUGUAUUUAAAAUAAAUGAAAAAUGAAUUAAUAAAAAGAAAGAAAAAGAAAAACAGCCAAUGUCUAAAGAAAAUCUUUGGAAGAGCCCGGCGAACUAUUUCUAAAGACCACUUUAAAAAAUUACAAGAACAUCUGGAGGCAAAAUAUCACGAAAUGAGGCGUGGCUGAAGACUUUUGCACAGUAUUGUAUCUACAUGAGCAGAAUGCAUUUAGUGUUUUCAGUUUUGUCUGUAUUUUAAAUAGUUUGUAUAUUUUUAAACUGUACAUGAGAAAUUUUAUUUGACACUAAAUGUUUUGCAGUGUUCUGUAAAUUAAAGUUAAUAUACAGCAGAA